AUGAUUACCCACACCCUAAAAACUCUCGCGCUGUUAUUGUGUGGGAGCCUAGCCUUGUACGCAGGAUGUCUAAGCUUCUACAACAUCUUUCUCCAUCCCCUCAAAGGUAUUCCAGGACCCUUCGCCGCAAAGCUUAGCCGGCUUUGGCUGUUCUAUUGGGAUUACUCUGGGAAUCCACACCACCAUAUCCGGGACUUACAUGCAAAGUUUGGCCCUCUUGUCCGCAUCUCGCCCAAUGAGGUCUCCAUCGACGACGUCACAGCAAACAACAUCAUAUAUUCUCAGACGAAUCCGUGGCUAAAGCCACACUACCAUUACAAAGCAUUUCAAAGUUCCAAGGCGUACAGCAUUUUCACAGAACUGGAUCCCGAAGUCCACGCUGCGCAUCUUCGUCUAGUAGCUCCAGCCUUUUCUCACGCCCGGAUCACAGAAGCGCAAAAUAUGCUUUGGGAGAAAUGCUGUCUAAUGAUUGAAGCAAUAAAUCGCAAUAUGGGGCAGGUCGAUUCGAAUGACGAGAAGCCCAAGCACCCCAAAACCGCUGAGAUAUGCUUGACAAAGAUGUUCCGCAGUUUGUCACUGGACGUGGUGACGGAUUGGACGUUUGGUCAAUGUGCCAAUAGCCUGAAUGGCUUCCAUUCAGACUUGUUUGAAGUCUUCGAUGUGGCAGCAGAAAGUGUAAUAUUCGUAAGAAAAUAUUUCCGUGAACUUCUUCUUUGA